CGCCGUGUCACGGGGCAGGGUCAUCCUAAGGGCACGCGGCGUGACCUCUGGCUGUGUACUCCGUUUCUGUUCCCAGGCGGCGCAGACACCCCUUUUAGGUGGACCCAGGUUUAGGCUGGGACUGAAGCCGUAAUACUGCCACCCCCAAGAAGAUGAGGUGUCUACUUCCCAUUUGAACAAGAGCGGACGCCAAAGGAAAACAGAGGCGCUCACAAGAAGGAAGGACGGAAGGAAGGAAGGAAGGAAGGAAGGAAGGAAGGAAGGAAGGAAGGAAGGAAGGAAAAGAAGGCCUCUCCCAUUAAGGAUGACACUAAACACCCAACAGGAAGCAAAGACUCCCCUGCGCAGGAGGGCUAGCACUCCGCUACCCCUGUCAUCCAGGGGCAACCAGCCUGGCCGCCUGUGCACAGCAGCCCCUCAAUCCCAACAUCCCCGGCUGGGCCAGUCAGUGUCCCUCAACCCUCCCAGCCGAAAACCUUCUCCUGCCCCCGAUGGCUGGUCGUCUGAAUCCAGCGACUCUGAAGGCUCCUGGGAGGCCCUGUACCGUGUGGUGCUGCUCGGAGAUCCAGGCGUGGGGAAGACCAGCCUGGCCAGCCUUUUCGCAGGGAAGCAAGAGAGGGACCUCCAUGAACAGCUUGGAGAUGUAUAUGAGAGAACCCUCACAGUGGACGGAGAGGACACCACACUGGUGGUCAUGGACACCUGGGAGGCAGAGAAACUGGGUGGGAGCUGGAGCCAGGAGUCAUGCCUGCAGGUGGGCAGCGCCUACGUCAUCGUGUACUCCAUCGCAGACCGAGGCAGCUUCGAGAGCGCCUCAGAGCUCCGCAUCCAGCUGCGCCGCACACAUCGUGCGGACCACGUGCCCAUCAUCCUUGUGGGCAACAAGGCAGACCUGGCCCGCUGCAGGGAAGUUUCUGUGGAAGAGGGCCGCGCCUGCGCCGUGGUGUUCGACUGCAAAUUCAUCGAGACUUCAGCCACUCUGCAGCACAACGUGGCCGAGCUCUUCGAGGGCGUGGUGCGCCAACUGCGCUUGCGCCGCCGGGACAGUGCG